CUAACAGCACAGUUAAAAUCAUGUCUAUUACUUAUGCCUUGAUGAUCUACCCUGGUGAUGUGGACCAGGCAAGAGUAGCCGAGCGCAGACAACAUCCCCAACCCCCCUAUGUGUAUAUUUUUUUAAUACUUUGUGAGGAAAAACUGUCAACCAUAUCCAAAGUGCAGGACCAAAGAGAAGUAAAUAAUGUAUGCUUUUAUUAGAUUCUUUGAAGACGAUAUGUGCUACGCGUUACCCGUUUCAAAUGUGGAAGAUUUCAGACCUCUGCACAAAACAGAUUUUGAUAAUCAGAAGGUGUAUCUGGUUCACAGAACUGAAGAGAAUGGCAGCGCAGGCCAGCCGUGCGAAGCACAGAUCCUUGCCCUUGCAGAUACAGUAGAAGAAUUUGAAGACAGUAUAACACAAAAGAAGAUGAAAAUUCCCAAGAUGUCCACGAAGAAUUCAGGAAACUCCAUCGAGAACAAUUUUGGAGAGGAAAGAAUGCCACUCAGGCAUAAAAAGGCCCUGUCACAGGACCAUGGACGCCCCCUUUCUAACUCAUCCAAAAGCCUAGCGGCGGUAGUGGCUCGCCUAGAGAGAAAUGCAGCCAGCUCUUGUAUGGAGGGCGAGGAGGACCUGGAUGAGGACCGGCUGGCUGAGGUGGGAGAGGAUGCAGAUGACGAAGAUGAUGAUAUGGAGGCAGAGCAUCAGCGACAUCAUCACCAGCAGCAACAGCAGCAUUUGGCGGUGGACACGGAUUGUGUGCCUGAGGUGGCUGCCGCUGUUGUUCCCAGAGUUCUGUACGAGGAGCUGGUUCACAGCUAUAGGCAGCAGGAGGAGGAGAUGAGGAGGCUACAGCAGGAGUUGGAGAGAACCCGCAGACAGUUGGUGCAGCAAGCCAAGAAGCUCAAGGAAUAUGGCAGCUUGCUGACAGAAGUCAAAGAACUGAGGGACUUCAACAGGAGACUGCAAGACGUACUUCUCAUGAGACUGGGCAGCGAGCCUAUGCAUGACAAUGGCACCCAGACAAUCAAGGCUGAAGUGGUUGAACCUAUUGUUGAGGCCCAGGAGACGUGCAGAGAAGAAGCCAACACCAGUUCCAGCUACUCACCCUCACCUAGAACAGUAUACACCUGCAACGACGGCAAGGUACACCUUGGUGGUGGGAUCUGGGUGGAAGAAGAGAAAUGGCACCAGCUGCAGCGGACCCAGGGAGAUUCUAAGUUCACAAAGAACCUGGCUGUAAUGAUCUGGGGCACAGAAACCCUCAAAAACCGCAGUGUCACUGGAGUGGCCACUAAAAAGAAAAAAGAUGCCUUGCCUAAACCUCCACUGUCACCCAGCAAGCUGAAGAUUGUCAGAGAGUGUCUCUACGACAGAGUGUCUCAAGAGACAGCCGACAGUGCAGAGAUAACGCAGAGAUUGUCCAAAGUGAACAAAUACAUUUGUGAAAAGAUAAUGGACAUCAACAAGUCCAUCAAGAAUGAGGAGCGGCGGGAGUCCAAGCUGCUCAUCAGACAGACAGUCAAGAUGGAGAACUUCACCUACGAUGGCAUAUAGUGAUCAACUGUCACGCCAGCGCCUUCUGCCCCGCGUGGUCUGCAGGAUAUUGAGGGGACUUGAUAUGGGUUGUCGGGGGAUGCUGUAACCAUUUCAGGAGCGGUCGUAUUACUUUGGCACAUCGGAUUGGUUGUUAUUUGAAAUGUUAAAACAAAGAGGCCCCUUCGCCCGCCCCUCCGUAAAGAACCAUCAUCACAUUUCUGUGAGCCCGCUUUUCUAAUUGGCCAACAGACAGCUUUACCCAGUGGUUAGAAACUGAACAUGUGAGCUAGCUUGACAUAGGCUGGUGUGAGUGUUUUUAUAAGCUUUGCAGUGGCAUUGGUACAGAGAUGCAGAUUCUUGAGGUUUGUGCAUGUGUGUCAAAAGAGAAAUUAGGUGUGAUUAUUACUUUAUUGUUCUGUGUCAGAACAUAAUUGUUGAGUCCUUGAACUUUUAAAAAGUAAGAGAUUAUUUCCCUGGGCGAACGAAUGAUGCUAGUUUGCAUUAGAGCUUAGAUGCGUGAGAGGUUGACUGUUAUGGUGACUACUCAAUAACUGCUGGGAGUUGGUGCGGUUGGUACUUACUGCAUAGAAUGGGACAUCAGGGUCUCAAAUGCACAAGUCUUAAUUAGUAACAGCCAUAUUUCAUUUUGCAGCAGAGAUUCUGUUGCUCCUAAAGAGAUUAAUUAUGGGCGUGUGCUCCCACUUAACCGUAUAACUUUAUUAUAAAGACAGCUUACUGAGAUUUAAUGGGACUCUGUCGAGUCUCUAGAAUGCUGUAUUUGUUUUUUAUGUUUUUUUAAUGUUAAUCUUUAUGAAUAUUUGCCAUCCACGAGGGAGCACAGGAGACGUUUUGAUCGGAUAUCUGUGUGUUACUUUAAGGAAACUUGACUGUUGAGUUGCAGUGGUACAGGCAUGUUGAGACCUAGAAAGGCCUUAAAUGGAUCUGGCAAUCACCAGGCACUGAUAAGCUCCUGGGUUUUCUAGUAUGCUGUGAUUGUAAAUGUAUUGUAAGCUGAAGUCACGACGCUUCAUCUGCACUUUGCUGUGAGAAUGUACGAGGUGGCCAGGUACUAUUUUCUGUGUAGUUCACACCAUUAAGUUUGGCUGAGCCGGACCGCUACCCGGAUGAAAAUCGAGGCACAGCUCUGGUCAUCGUCUUGUGGAAGCGGUGUUAGCUACGGGUAAAGCUGUCUGGGAUACUAUUUUGCUGCUGAAGCUGUCUGGCCCUGCUGAACCCCAUAAUAACCCCCUCUUGUUUAAGGCACGCCACUGGGGAAUUAGAGUAAGGUUGCUCCAGUGACAACUUUCCCUGAGCUAUGCCAUCAGAACUUUUAAAAUUUAGUCUCUUUCUUGUUCUUUCAUGUUUUUAUUCUCCUCUUCUGUUCUGUGUGUGUGUGUGUAUAUCUAUGUAUACACACACACACUUUCUUUUUUCUUUUUGAUCCAAAAUGGCUUGGGUGGCAAUCUGCAGGCUGGAACUAAACGCUGCAGAUUGAAAUCUCAACUGUGACCUAGCUGUGGCUAACUGUGAAUCUACUGCAGAGCUGCUCAUCAAGCCUUUCUCCUCCUCACAGUCUAGAUUCUCGUUUGUCUGUUGAUUUAUUUUUCUGUAUCAUAUCGUCCGUCUCGGUUUUUUGUUAUUUCAAAAGUUCAGAUCAGCCUUUUCUUAAGCUACUUUAUUUCAGUGUACAUAAGCAACUCUUUAUUAUUAUUAUUUUCCACCAAACAUUGAUAUUUCAGUUUGUAGUCUCGUUACAGUUUCAAGCUUCUGGACAAGUUUGGUUUAGCAAAUUGAUGUUGUAAUUCCACGUUACCUAUCAAUUUCUUGUGUUUCUUUGUACACUUUUUUAAAUUUUUUUAUAUGAAUUGUUGGCUUUAAGCUUGACGUUGUAAUCGAACUUAGAUCAGCUGAGUCUACAAACAUAUGUUUUAAAAAGAAAAAGAAAAAGUAUCCCUCUCUCUUAGCCAAAGCGAUCUCUGGAAAAUGAGACGAGGCUUUUCUUAACACCCGAUUUCAGCCGAGCCCAUACGUUAUAUUUACUAUAUCUGUUAUUUGGCAAACCUCACUUAGGAUCUACCUGAUGAUCACGCCAUAGUAUGAUAAAAUUCUGUAUUGUUAAACCAUUGCGCUCCAACGGUUGAGAUGCAGUAGUUAGAUCAACACAAAUCAUUUACAUUGAAUGCACUUUAAAUGGGCAAAUUCUUCGAUUUUAAAGAAAUGUUUUUGUGGUAUUUGUCCUUUAUUUUUAUUUUAUUUUUUAAUUAAAAAAACAAACAAACAUGUCCUCAUAGAUUAAGGCCUAACAAUCAUUGUAUUAUCAUGAAGCACCUUAAGACAUUUUUUUAUGGUUUAUUAUGGCAAGAAUGAGUUUUGGUACAUUUUGAUUCAUUUGUCAGAUUUGCCGCUAACAUGCUUGAUAGACUUUAGGGCUGCCCCACCCCCCACCCCUCCAGGAGUCGGAACAUUCUUGGUCGACCUGAAAAGGAAACACUCACUUUACAGGAAGUGUCAGUCACUCAUGGAAACUUUUUUUUUCUCUCGCUUUUUUUCACACACAAAAUCCAAAGCGUAGGAAGGUGACAGAUAAAUAUUUGUCUGUCAGUCAUCAACCUCAAACAUUGGUUUUUGUUUCAAAUAUGCAAGUAGGCGAAUGUUGGCCGCUUGGCAUGGUCGCCGUCUUUAGACAGUCUGCUUACUGGUGAUUGCAGCACAAUCAGAAUAAUUACCUCCUUUGCUGCUGUCUGUAACAGGCAGAACGCUUCGUCCAUGAGUUUGUAUAAUUUUUUUUCUCUGGUAUGUAGCAUGGUGGUAAUGGUGUUACUUACAAUGUUCUGUCUCAGCUUUCAAACCACUUUGUCGUGCUUGACAAAACACAUUAGAAAAUAUGUUUUGGAUUAAUUAGAUCACGGUCACAAAAACUGUUCAGCUAGGAAGAUCUUUGGUCAGGGGCAGCCCUAAUAGAUUUAACAGGUUUCUUUAAAAAAAACUGCAUUUCAGUAAGUUAAAUUAUCUCAAUAGUUUAAUCUGCAACUCCGUCAUGGUCUCGAAAAGAAACGGUUUAAAAGAAAAAAACUUAGUUAGAAAAUUGAUAACUACUACUAUCUGCAAAAUGUGAUUCGCCAGUAUAAAAACUGACCAAUGAAAUGUGCAAGCUGACUGGAAUAUGCGCUUUAACCUGAUGCUGGUAAUGUAUAAAUAUGACUCCUAUAGAGAUAAUAGUGUAUUUUUUACAAAUGAGUGGUAAUCGUGAGCCAAAGUAUUGAAUGCUGAGAUCGAGCUAAAGACGGGGUUUAGAAUCAGCAGGGUUUGCACAAACAAAACAAAUUUUUAAAAAAUGGCCCCGGCCACAGUAACCGAGCGUAAAGCGCCACCUUAUAACGGCGAUGUGUUAUUGAUAUACUGUUUGAGGGGGUUCCCUCGAAAUUUCCCUCUGAUUUCUCGUUUUGUUUUUCCCUGUACAAAGGUUUAUGUGCGCUAGGCUGUGCAUUUUAAAAGAAAAGAUUUCUGCUGUGCAAAGUACCUUUGCUAAAAUUCUAAGACAUUGUUGUGUAUUGUAUUUGUGUUUGUUUCUUUGUUGUUUAUGCCAAAAUGGGAGGGGUGUGGUUAAAAUGAUGCUUAAAGAAAGACCAUUAAUAGAGCUAUUACAUCAUCAAAAAUGUUAAGGCCUGUUUCCUGGAUGGCCAUUAAGCCUAAUCCUUUAACUAAAACCACCUUCAAAGGAUGAAAGCUGUAUGGAAGGACUGUAUGUUUUUAACCCAGAUUUGGCUUAAUCUGUAAAGGCAAGGCCGUUCUUUAUCAAAUGUACCGAGUCACUUGCAGAAGAGCGGUUUGGGUUUUUAGCAGCAUAUCAGUAACAUACUGUACCGUUUUAUUCACAAGCAGAGCCACUAAUUUUGGCUUUGCGUCACGACACCAGACCAGUCGGUGCUUUCACCGUUACACUUAAGUAGUGAUAGGCAGGAAACGUAACCGUGGCGGCUUUGCGAUCGUCUUUUUAUGCCACCUUUAGUUCUUUUCUCUCCUGACAUUCAUGUGGACGAUCCUGUCCUCCUCGCUGUUGUUUUGGCUUAUGUUGUAAACACCUGUUUAAGCUGCAGAAGGGAAGGAGCUUUGGGUUGCUUUUUGACAGUUUGAUUAAGGAAAAAGCGAUCUGGUUUUAGCUUCACUGUGCGGAACAAGAUAAAUGGCUCGGUGGUGCCACUGUUUUCGGAGCUAGGUGUACACGAGACACACGUUUGAGCCACAGAUACAGUGUCAGACUUGGUUUAAAAUGAGAAAACGGAGAGGAACACAUAGUUAGGCCUAUAUUUUUAUUACAGUUAUCAGAAAAUUUGUAUACAAUCCACAAACCGGUUCUACUUCAUCUAACUUCACCGUCCUACCUCAUUGUUACUCUGGUGUUUGUUUGUCAGUGACUGUAAACUAUGUGUGUAUAUUAAAAAAGAAAAUCUAUAGGAAAAGGUAUACCUGGUUACUCUCAACAUGUACAGCAUAUUAAAAACUUGUAAAACACCUCAGUACACAAAUAUCAUUCUUAGGAGGAAAUCAGUUUUAUUACCUGCUUAAAGAUGCUGCUGUAAAGGGGUGUCUGUGUGAGGGGUCGUCUCCGAAUAUAUAUCUUCGCUCUUUGCUAUGUUGUGCAGUUGAUCAGUGGUUGUGUUCUGUCUCUGUAUUGCAUUCUGAGAUUUUUACUGGUUGACGGUGCUACCAGCAAACAGUUCGAAAACUGAUCUAUCGGACCUCAAAUGGUGCUGUUUUUCUAUGUUUUUAUCGUCAUACGGCUAUGUUUUAUUCAGGUGUGUCAACCGCCACUAUCCCCUCAGCUUACUCGAAUUCUAAAGCCAAAAUAUUUCACAAAAAUCGAUAACCCUGCUUUUACUGUAUCAACUAUAUGCUAUCCAUCCAAAUAUUGUAGAUAGUGAUUAUAUCCUCAGCUGUGAGUUUCAGAAGUACCUCAGAAGUUGCCGAUUUCAAAUGGAUGCAUCUGCUUUUAGCACCUGUUGUCUAUCAAUUUACAUUGUUGCAGUGUAUUUUCGGAAAUAUGCAUUUUUACUGAUUAGAUCAGGUUACACUAUAGAUAAUAGAUGAUUAUUAGCUCACACUCAGAUGUCGACGAUGUGAAAGUUAGAGGAAGCCACUGUUCACUGGUCGCAUGCCACGCAGGAAAUCUCAGUCAGACUGGGACGAUGGAGUAGAAGAGGUCCUCAGCAAAAAACAAAACCACACGUUAAGUUUGAGUCCAUGUUAACCUCAGAUUGUGUUCUAGAAGAGGGAUGAAAUGACAAAAUACCCACGUAGAGGAAUGUGUCAACUUCUAAAAUUUGGACCAUGCCAAAAAUGCGAUCAGGGUAUAUUCACGAAGACUGUUUUUUGUCGACGUUCCUGUCCUCUCGAAUAAUUAUCUGUGAUUCCCCUGUUGCAUCGCUUUUUCCCUCACCCUCACUUAAAUGUAAUUUAAAUGUUAAAAUUAUGCAUUUAGUGUAAGAAAGUAUUAACGAUUGACUUACUGUGAGUAAUUAUACAAAGUGCAUUAUAUUUUCUUUUACCCUGUACCAAUGGAAUCUUUUCUGCACCAAAGUGUUUUUCUGUUGUUUUGUUUUUGUUUCUUUUAUUGAGAGAAAAGGGUUGUGUCCCUUUUCAGUAUGUUUCUAUGUUCUUACUGAUGGUUAUUGUUUUCAUUUCCAACCGUGCUGGUGAACAUGAAAUGUGCUGGUACCUCUCUACUGUGGGAAGAGCGUGUGUUCAGAUACACAGCAGUCGUUUUCACGGAAGCACUUAAGCCAUUCGUUGGACUGUUUUAAUAAUAGUUCAAUUGUAAGCUUUGCUCUGGUCCAGGGUAUUGACCCAGGGAGUUUGUGUGUAAUUGAAUUCCUAUGCAGGUGUUGAGUUACUUACCUGGUACCACAUCACUGUCGGGUAGAGGGCCAACUGCGGAGAUGGAAAACUGGGCCUCGAGAUUGAGUUAAAGGGGACAACGGCGACAUGACAAAUCCAUACAGACCUAUUAAUGACAUUUUCAUACUUGUAUUAAGUGAGCUAUACAGGGCUGCUUGGAUAUCUACCUGUCUGUAUUAGGUAUAAACGCAUUGCAGUGAUCAUUAGGGAAAGACAGGGUUAUUACUGUAUGGAGUAUUUCCAGUUGGUAUGAUAAUGUGAAAAGAAUUUCAAGACUUUUGGAGUUGACACUCCCUCAUUAUUAUAGCCUCCCAGAGGCAACCCUACAUUUUCAGAAAAUGUUAUAAGUAUAUGCGAUAGAGAGUGUACAUGUCUUUGCUAAACCGGCCACACCUCUGCUAUGCGAGCAAGUCUUUGACGCUUAGCAUCCUGUUCUGUGUUUUCUCUUGCUGCAUUCAGGAACACCUGUUUAAUGUAUAGAUAAACAGAAAUAAAAUUGAGACUUUUAUUCUAUCAGCACAAACCUUGUGUCUGUGGUUUUUUGGGGGUUUUUUUUUUGUUUGUUUGUUUGUUUGGUUGGCUGGGUUUUUGUUUGUUUUGGGUUUUUUUGCUCAUCUUCCUUUGGGGGAAACUGUUAGAUAAGACUGAAGAAAUGCAUCCCAAUCCUUGUUACAGCCCUUUCUUCAUUUUAUAUUUAUUAAUUUUUUUAUUUUUUGAUGUGAAGAGUUUGUUUUUAUGCAUGCUAGCAGCAUCACUAAACCAGUUUGGUCCAUGCACCCACAUAAAAUCUGGAAAACUGGAAAGCUCCUUGAGAGGCAGGCCACCUAGACCAAACAAGUUCAAGUAUCUUGGGGUGUUAUACACAAGCGAUGGAAAGGUGGAGCGUGAGCUGGUGAAUCAUCGGCAGCAAUGUGGGCAUUAUACUGGACUGUUGAGAUGGUGAUGAGCCAAAAAACCAAAGUUUUCAAUUUACCCACUGAUUUGGUAAAUGGCCUGUAUUUGUAUAGCGCUUAUUUAUGUUGCAUCCCUCACCUAUGGUCAUGAAAUCUGGGUGGUGACUGAAGGAGUCGGCCGAAAUGAGUUUCCUCUGAAGGGUGGUUGGGCUCAAACCUCCGGAGGAAUCUUGGAGUAGAGCUGCUGCUCCUGCUCAUCAAAAGUAGCUAGUUGAGGUGGUUCAGGCAUCUGGUUAAGAUCCUUCCUGGGGCGACUACCCUUGUAAGUGUUUUGGGUGAGCCAAGAAACUGCUGGAGAGAUUAUAUUUCCAGUCUGGCCUGGAAAUGCCUCAGAAUCCCUCAGCAGGAUCUGGAAAGUUUGGUUGGGGAGAAGAAUGUGGUGAAUACCCUGUGAUCCCACUUCGUAGAAGAGAAAUGGGGAGAUAGAUAGAUGUACUACAGGGUUGGUCCACCGUUGAACCUCAGAACUGCCUUACUUUUCGUGGCAUGGAUUCAGUUAGAUGCUGGAGGGAUUCCUCAGAAGCUUUGGUCCAUAUUGACAUGAUCGCAGCCUGUCUACAGAUUGGUUGGCGGCACAUCCCUAAUACGAGUCUCCCGCUCCACUACAUGCCAAAGGUGCUCUAUUCGAUUGAGAUCUGGUGACUGAGGAGGCCAUAUGAGUACAAGUGUCAUAUUCACAAAACCAGUUUGAGAUGAGCUGAGUUUGUGACAUGGUGCUUUAUCCUGCUGGAAGCAGAUGGGUUCUUCAUUUUAGGUUUUUGGGGGGAUUUUUUGCAUGCAGCUUUCAGAACCUACAGCAAAGAAACUGCAGUGAAAUCCCCCUCCUUCUUCUUCUUCUUUCAACUGACCCUUUUAGGGGUCGCUACAAUGGAUCAUCUGCCUCCAUCUCUUCCUAGCAUACUCCUCUGUCACAUCAACCAUCUGCAUGUCCAAUUUAACUACAUCCAUAAACCUCUGAAAUCUUGAUGUAGCCACUUUGAUGUCACCCAUCAAUUUUGAGCUUCACAGUUGGAGUUUCAGUGUUGGUAUUAUGUUUCCAGAUAAAAGAAACUCCAAUAGAGAAACAUGUCAGUCGUAAAGUCACCCCAGUCAAAAUUAUUGACUGAGCCCAAACCUUUUGGGGUUUUAAUGGUGGGAAGUUGGGAAUUUUAACAUGGAAGUCUGUAGGAAUUAACUUUCAUUUGCAGCCAUCCUCUAGCGACACCUGCAGUUGAUGUCACUUCCACAUUGGAUUCAUUUUUCACCUCUGGAAGUUGCCUCUUGGUUACCGUGUUGUUCACUGGCACAUUUUCAGAGGUUGGAGGUAAACUAAACUGAAUCAAGGUUAAAAAUUUCCCAUAUCUUGAGGUGUAAACUUAGUUUGAGUCUUAAAGGUGUUAUUUUUACGCCGCAGCAGCACAUAAUUGAUGUCAAAAGAGUUUCUCCAUUUUCAAAUUGGGGGCUGUGUGUGCGGAGUGAUUCUCAUAAAACCUGAAUGACCCUUUGCUAAUGCAAAUUCUUCAGCACACAGAAACCUAACCAACUUUUAAUUUAAAUGGAAAAAGAGACAUUUUUAAAUUUAAGUUGGUCAUACAAUACCAGAGAUUUACGUUUGCAACAUGUCACCCACGAGUUUAACACAACUAAGACUGAGAGAUUUCCAGACAGAGGCGGAGGAUGAAAGUGUGAUGUGUAGCUUCACAGAGGUGUGUUACCGUUUAAGUUCUUUGUGCCUUUUCACAUCUUACCUUACAUUAGUUUUCCAUCGUCACAGGCUGUGUAAUGGACUUCCGUCACCACACAGAUCAAUCCACUCGCCUGUACGUUUUGCACUUUUAUUCUAAGUUUAGUGCAUGUGGGAUUAACGCACAAUGUUUUCAAUAUCAUAAACGACAUAACAGGGUGAUUCAAGCUGCACUGUGCCACAUGACAUGCCGAUGAUUGGCAGCUCUGUCUCUAACACUUGUACAAACCCUAUUGCAUUAACAGCUGAGAUGUAUAGACCGAGAUAACACAGAAAUGGGGUGUUGACACAUCAGACUGAUUGUAAGAUAGCUCUUUUUUUUUGCAAAUGAAUCUAAAACGAACAUUGUCUCUGAAUGUCCUCCUUUUUGUAUAGUCCACAAUAGAAACUGAUGGGAAGAGUGCCUCCUUUCUUUAUAUACAGACUGCACCUCCUUCAUUUCUCCCUGUCCCUCUCUCUUGUCUUGCACACUGAAGCAUUUCCAUACAUUAUUGCCUCUGUAAGCAAGUGUGUCACGCGCCCAGGCUUUUCCUACAGCCCGAGAGGACUUCUCAAUGUCAUUAUCGCUAAAGCCUGCCACAUGUCUAUAAUGUAUUGCUGCCUUUCUUUAUUGGCAGCGUGAUGAUUCAGUAGUGGUGAUGAUGGAUUAGUGCUGGCUGGGUCGAGCUGGGCUGGGCUGAGUCCGUCCAGACUGGGCUGGGCUCUGCAGCCUGGCUCUCUGUCGCAUAAACACCAUGUACUCCUCACACACUGCAGUAUAGAGGGAGACAUAUUGUAUUUAUGUCACACACACAGUCUAAUGAAUAUGGUCAUUUCGGUGCUUUUAUGGAGCUUCUUGGAACAUUGUCUGAUUCAUCGUGUUCACCUUUUGAAUUUAAUGCAGACAUGGUGCACGCAGCAGCUCUGCAUAAUAGGUGGCAGUAAUGCAUUCUCUUUAUGACAUUGUUAGUGUUUUGAAUGGGGAAAUAUAACCGCAUUUGCCUCGUGGAAGGGGAAGUUCAGAGUGGGUGCGCCGUGUGCAUAUGUUACCUCAGAGUAACAAGGUUUGUUUCCACGAUCAUAAACACGUACACACUGGGUUUAGAGGAAGGACGAAUAGUGGCAUGUUUUAUUGCUGAAUAUGAAACACAGUCCACAAAGCACAUCCACCCAGACUGAACUAGAUUUAACGGCACACUGGCCACCAACUAAAAGUCUAAACCCAACGCUCAGGACUUGAUUAUAGGAUUUUGAGUCUCUCCACGCCAGCUUCUUGUUGUUCGCUGUCAUGGCGGUUUGGCUUCAGCCACAGCGCGAGAAAAUAAAUGGACAUUAGUCUUAAUUUCUUAUCGCUUGCAGCAGUAUCUGACCAUCACCGCUGCUGCUGUAAAUCUUUCCCGCGCCGGCAGACAGAAGAAAUACAUCCCGAUCCUUGUUGCAGCUCGUCACAAUUACGAUGGAAAUUUGAGCACACAUGCAGCAGUUAACAUUUUCAGUAUUGUUGAUCAGGCCCUAUAUUAAUUUUGUCCAUCACCGACUGAUGCGAUAUAUUGACUUUAAUUCCCUUUGCACUAAACCGAGUUAUUUCGCUUAUCCUGCAAUAUUUUCUCCCCAAAGGCAGGGAAGGUUUUUCUCAUUAUGGGAAACAAUUAACUAAGUAACAAAAGAGUUGAGCUUAUGCUUUUCUAAUCGAUUCUCGUUCGUGCUGUUGUUGUGACUGUGGGUGAAGGAGUUAUUUGUGUUUUUCAUUUAGAGCAGUUUGGUAGUUUUAUCUGUGUACCACCUAUUUACACCAUGCAGAGUAUUUAUAUAUAUAUAUAGUCAAGUAAAAUAUGCAAGAGCCUUCAUUGCCAUCUCUGCUGCUUUGUUCAUUUCAGAAGUUAUUGCAGGUGUGACAUCAACUUGGUACUUUAGCAAUUCUGCCUUUGGUCUUUGCACACAUUGAUGAAGCACCACCCAUACCUUCACCCAUCUGGGUGUUCAUACAUUGUCAGUUAGCUGUACGAUAAGAUACGCUGGUAGGUCUUGACUGUUAAAUUCCUUGCUGCCAGCGAUGUUCGGAGGUCCUUAUCGUUUUUAAGGAGCUUAUUUUGCUGCUUCAAUGAUAAAAACUGGAAAAGUUUCGAGUCCAUCAGCCCCUCCAGUAAGUGGAUGCAAAACUCUGCUCUUCUACCCUACACACAUUCGUGCACAUGCAUACAUACCUGUGAAUGCACACACACACUGGCGCAUGCAUACUUAAAUACGGAGCAUCCAAAUGGCCUCUAUUAAUGCAGAUGGCUCUCCCAAUUAACAAGAUUCAAAGCGAUGAUGAAUUUUUCACUCUCUGAACAGUUAAGCUAAUUAUGGCCCAAAUGAAGCAGGUUCCAGUGAAUCGCCAUGGCAGAGGCUGCCAAUGGCAGACAAUGUCACUGUCACAGUGCCACUCUGCAGCACCACCCUAAUCACUACGGCUGCUUAAUAUUCAUCUCCCACUGCUCUCUCGUCGCCUCCAUCCUUCCUGUCUCA